AGGACGGUACACGCUCCACGCGUCCUCACUCUUCUGGCGCUUUUGCUCGCGUGCGCUUCUCUCUUUUACCACCUCCUCCCUUAUUUACCCACGUUCGUUCUACGUUUAGCACGUGCCACUAUUGCCACUCUUGUUUAUUAAACUAUUACAACUGGUACAAAGGAUUGUUAAAGAAAAAUUUAAAUAACUAUGAUAAUUUCUCUUCCUGGAAAUUUGGAUCCUUAAAUUUAGAGCGGAAUAAAAAUAGGAAUUGAAUUGAGCUCGAGAAUGAUACAUCGAUCUGGAGAUGAAUGAAAACUUCAAUAAAUCCAGUAAAAAACAACAAGAUUCAAUCGAAUUGUCAUGUAACAGAAAGUGAAAGAAAUUCCGCGAAUCAAUCAAGAACUUUUCAGUGAAUUUUCCCAGUUAUUUAUGCUCCGUUCAACCGUUUAUUUAUGAUUUAUAAAAAAAAAGUGACGUGAAUUGACAGAUGAAGAAAUUGUGAUCACGGAAAUAAUUGUAUCAUUGGCUUUCACGUCAAUGGGUGACACUCGCGAUUUCUCCCGUGCAUCGCAUAUAAUCAAUUCUCUCGAGUUUACUCUGCUCCUUCAAUGCCCGAUUUAUUAUAACUAAACCUGUGUGUCCACAACGUUCCACUUCCUCGAGGGAAAAUUUUUCCUCGGUAAAACGUGAAAUGCGAUCUGUGUUGUCAUUGAAUCGUAAGUUGUGAGUUUAAUGUGAAGUGAAGAUAGAUGAUUCUAUCGAGUUGAGAAGAUACUGGGGGAGUUUUAUCAUGGAAAUAGCCUCUGAACACCUCUGAUAUCACGCGAGUGAGACGUAUAGAGCCAUGGAAUCACCAGGAGAUCCACGAUGCGAUUUAUCACAGCGUCAAGCUGAGAGGUACAGCUCUAGCUCCAUCAGCCGGAAGUUACGAUGUGGUAUACCACCGUGUGGAUUCAACAGUGGCUCGAGAUGCAUUGUGAUAUUGAUGAUACUGUCGACGGUGUCGUUGGUUGACUCGUACAUACCGGAAAAGUAUCCAAUUGAGGUAUAUCACAUGCUCCAGGAACGAUCGCAAUACGGAAUCGGUCGUGACAAUAGAGUAAGAGGAAGUUGGGGCCCCUGGAGCUCCUGGAGUGAGUGCUCAAGGCCCUGUGGAACUGGUGUUCAAUCGCAAGCCCGUCAAUGCAGUCUGCCUCGGGGCCUGAGAAAGAGGAGUUUAGCGAACGACGUAAAUGCAACUAGUCCAAAGCCGAUUUGCAUUGGUACACAUAAGAGAUACCACAUAUGUAACACUCACGAGUGUCCAAAUUACUCGGAGGAUCCUCGGACUGAGCAAUGCGCUAAGUAUAAUAGUAGAAUGUACAAAGGGAAAAGCUACAAUUGGGUGCCAUUUUUAAAUGCACCAAAUCCAUGUGCGUUAAACUGCCGUGCAAUGAAUCAACGAUUUUAUGCGACCCUGGAGCCAGAAGUGGUCGAUGGUACACCGUGCGACGGUCCCAAUCUAAGUGGUAGAAGUACAGGUCUAACUAUUGACCGAACUGAACAAUGGUUGUGCGUCGCUGGACAAUGCAGGCCAGUGGGAUGCGAUGGAGUGGUGGGAUCUGGUGCUAUUAGGGACACCUGCGGUGUUUGCGGCGGCCAGGGGAGAGGCUGCAAGUUAUUUGAGGGAAUUUUUAUGGAGCCUAUCCUUCCGAAAGGCCAUCAGCCUGUCACGACAAUCCCCCGGGGUGCUAUGUCACUCAAUAUCUCGGAAUUACGAUAUACCGGAAAUUUUUUAGCUCUCAGAGCGGAAAAUGGAAGUUAUGUAGUUAAUGGGCCGGACUCGGUGAGUCCGAGUGGUAUUUAUAAAAUUGCUGGGACGACUUUGAAGUAUCAAAGGGGCGAUAAAAAUCGCAUGGAGAGUAUAGCUGCAACAGGACCACUCAAUGAAUCCCUGGGGAUUGAAAUUUUAUAUCACGAGAUGAAUCCCGGGGUUUUGUACAAGUAUAUGCUACCGGCUCCAGAGGAAAUUCCGGAGGAUAAUGCCAUUAGCGCGCCACCUCUUUAUGCGCCAGGUUCUGUUGUAAACGAAAUUCCCCAUCCGAAUUUGGGAAUCGCUUCUUCGAAUCCAGUCACUCGAGAGAGGCAGCCCGAGGCAACGCUAACGAGAAAUCAGGUAAAAGAGCAGAGUGACGAGCAUACAAAUGAAGAAAUGAAAUUCUCACCGACAACGGUGAUGGCAGGCGAUGAACCAACUAUUAAUUCAUCUUCAAAGAAGAAGAAGAACAGGAAGAGGAAAAAAUGGAAAUUCGCCUGGAGAAUUAUGGGACUUUCUCCGUGUACCAAAUCCUGCGGGGGAGGUAUGCAAAAUGGAAUAUUCAAGUGUAUAAGGCUGGAUAACGAUAUGGUGGUGCCCGAUCGCAGGUGUAGAAAAUUUGAAAAACCCGAUUCACCAUCGUCGCUGCAGUGCAACGAGCGUCCUUGUCCGGCUCGUUGGAGAGCCGAUGCUUGGUCCGAGUGUUCCGUCACCUGUGGCACGGGUGUGAAAACACGGCGCCUCGAGUGUGUUCAAGAUUUGAAUUCUAAAUUGACAAUGCGCGUAGCCGCGGGCGCUUGUUCCCAACCACCGGACUUGGGCACAGUCAGCUCUUGUGGUGGCCCACCUUGUCCAAGUCUGGAAGUUCGACAAAUGAGUGGCACACAACGUGAUACUACACCGAGGUGGGAUGUUGGCGUGUGGGGUCCAUGUUCAUCAACAUGCGGAAAAGGCGUUAGAAGGCGCACAGUCACCUGUAUCACGGCCGGUGAACCCUGUCUCCAGUCUACAAAGCCCGUUGAUGAAAGACUCUGCGAGACACCAUGCAAUUCACCAUCUGUCUGGCUGUAUUCCGAGUGGUCGUCAAAGUGCACAGCUCAAUGCGGCCAUGAGGUGGAGACGAGGAGAGUUGCCUGCAGCGAUGUCAAUGAAACAUUCUGUGAUGCGAGAAAAAGGUCAAUUACUGAGAGGCAAUGCGUCAAUGCAACAAAAUCCUGUCCAGAGCCGAAAUGGUUCACUGGCCCAUGGUCAGCGUGUUCCGUCCUGUGUGGCGAGGGUAUCGCCCAUCGCGAUGUUAUUUGCAUCGAUAACUCGUCAGGUGAAUCAAAAAUACUUUCGGAAAGUAAUUGCACAUCACCGAGGCCGCACGCCGAGCAGGUCUGCCACAUGCCAGUUUGUAUGCCCGAGUGGUACACGUCCGACUGGAGUGAGUGCUCGGCUACUUGUAAUGGGGGUAUGCAGAGGAGACUUGUGCGAUGUAUUGCGGAGGGCUUCGAAUUGACGGGAUGCGAGGUCAGGAACAAGCCGGUGGACCAGAGGAUUUGUAACACGCAACCGUGCAGAAAGGACUUGUCACACAAAAUUCCGAAGAAGGUUCAUUCUGUCGACGGAUGCAUAGAUAAAUACCCCAACUGCGAAUUAGUAGUGAAAACUGGCUUAUGUCGAAUAAAAUACUACAAACACUCGUGUUGUGGAUGUCGUCAUUAAUCUCAAUUGAAAGAACAUAUAAAUUGAAUUAACAAUUGUAAUUGAAAGUCUGACCCUAUCGUAGUAUAACGAGAUUUUUGUAAAGGAAAUGUAAAAGUAUUUUUACUAAUUUAAACAAGUAACUAUUCAAUGAUCGAGAGUUGUGACUUAUACUUUUAUUGAGGCGAUGAAGCUGGUAAAAAACAUUGUAUCAUGGGAAUCACGGCUCGAACAAUUUUUCUUGCUUUUGCAAUGCGAGCAAAUAAUUUCAGCAAAUUAAUUUCAAAUCUAAGCAAUUUCUCACAAAAAUACUUCAUUAAAUAUGGUUUUCUCAGGC